AUGGAAGAAACAUUGAAUCCAAGGAGAGUUGGUCUGACUUAUGAUGGGGCCGAGCAUAAGAGGCCACGUGAGCUGUAUCUACAACAAGACGUUACCAGAGGAAAGCAGAAGCAGGGCACACCACCAACACUUACUCAUUUGAACACCUUUAGGUCGAACAUAUUGAUGGCAAUCAAAUAUAUGAAGGAGUUCAAGUGGUCACCGAGGUUGAGGUCUCCCUCUGAGACCAGGGACAAGAACAAGUACUGUUACUACCACCGUGACCAGGGAUAUACAACAGAGGAUUGCAUAACAUUACAACGUGAGAUUGAAGUUUUGAUAAAAAGAGGAUUCCUAAAGGAGUAUAUGAGGCAUGACAAGCGUCACAGGAAUGAUCGUAACAAUGGGAAGACUACAGAAUCUGGGGAAGCUCCCAAUGACAUGAAAGAUAUCACAUUUGGAUCGGAGGGCUCAGAAGACAUAUCAUACCCCCAUGACGAUGCCUUGGUCAUAUCUGUCAUCAUCGCCAACUUUGAAGUGAGGAGGGUCUUGGUUGACAAUGGAAGUGUGGUCAAUGUGCUGUCUCAAGAUGCCUUCAUGAAGAUGGGUAUUUCUAUUAACUAG